CCUCUCUUUCUUUCCGGUUGUCAAAAAGUGCAAGGACGACAAAUACAUUAAAAAAUGGCUGACGUUGACGUAGAUGUUCCUUCUGCUGCUCCCGCCGUUGGUGGUGCCAUGGACAUUAAUCAAGCUUUGCAAGAAGUCUUGAAGAAAUCCCUUAUUGCUGAUGGUCUUGUCCACGGUAUUCACCAAGCUUGCAAAGCUUUGGACAAGCGUCAAGCUGUUUUGUGUAUCUUGGCUGAGUCUUUUGACGAACCCAACUACAAGAAGCUCGUUACUGCCCUCUGCCACGAACAUCAAAUUCCUUUGAUCCGUGUAGAUUCCCACAAAAAACUGGGCGAAUGGUCAGGUUUGUGCAAGAUCGACAAGGAGGGCAAGCCCCGAAAGGUUUGCGGUUGUUCCGUUGUUGUCAUCAAGGACUUUGGUGAGGAAACCCAAGCUUUGGAUGUCGUCAAGGAGCACCUCAGACAAAAUAGCUAAACUGUCGCCUUGGUUUAGUUCUGUGAUGGGGUUCAUACAGUUGAUGAUAACGAUGCUACUUGUUUUUGUCUUUUUCAAAAACCAUCAACCAAAAUUACAAAAAUAUAGUGGCUAAAUACAAACAACUAUAGUUUUAAAGGUGAAACAACAUGUUUGAUGUGUUGAGACGUUUUUAAUAAUAAAAAAAUGAAAAAAAAGCUUAAGAUAAA